AUGAGCAAGAGGGCUGAGGCGUCGGCGUGGGAAAAACUCUUCCGCUACGUGGAUGAGAAGGAUCUGCCCAAUCUAAAGCUUUACGCCUACCACGGCGUCGAUCGGUCAAUCAUAGCUAACCAUGUGGGUCAACCCUUCUGGCGUUGGGUUGUCGAGUUUCUGCCUCUCACCAUGGCGGCAAACCUGGUGACGGUGGUCGGCUUCGCUUUCAUGGUGGCCAGCUACGCGCUGACCGCCUUUUAUGUGCCGUCGCUCACGGGCGAGGCGCCUUGGUGGGUGUACAUGGUCAACGCACUGUGCCUCUUCAUCUACCAGACCAUGGAUGCCGCGCGCCGAACAAACACGUCGUCGCCUCUCGGUGAACUCGUGGACCACGGCUGCGACGCCCUCACCACUACGUUGAUGGCCUUGACGGUGGCCAGUUCGCUUCAGCUGGGGCCGACCUGGGUCGCCCAGUACGCCAUCAUCAUGUCCAUGGCCGGCUUCUACGCCGCCCAGUGGGAGGAGUAUCACACGGGCGUGCUGGAUCUGGGUAUUUUCAACGUGACCGAGGCGCAGCUGUCCACUAUGGGCCUCUACGUAGCGACGGCGCUUCUGGGUCCGUCUGUGUGGCUGCAGACCAUCACCGUGUUCGGCUACACCGUCCAGUGCAACCACCUCUUCAUCGCCCUGGCCACCUUCCCCAUGCUCCAGAACAUCUUCUCCAGUGUGUACAACAUGGCUAAGCGAGUGGGGGAGGGUGCGGACGGGCUGGUGGCGGUCUUUGGUCGCCUUUUCCCCUUCCUUAGCCUUGUGGCCGCGUCGGUGGUGUGGGCCAACUACUCGAAGGCUGACGUGCUGCAGCACCCGCAGCUGUGGAUCGGCUCCUUCGGCCUUCUCUGCGGCAACAUAAUCGGUCGCAUGGUGUUGGCGCGCGUGGUCAAGCAGGCUUUCCACCCCAUCCAGCCCCUCCUGUUCUCCUUCUACAUCGGAGCGGCGCUGAGCCUGGUCGGAGCGUGGAGCGCGCGGGUGGAGUACGCCUUCCUGGUGGGGUGCUACGUGCAGUCCAUCCUGGGCUACUACCUCUUCGCGCACAGCGUGGUGCACGAAAUCACGACCUACCUCGACAUCGGCUUCCUCACCAUCAAGAACAAGCGCUCCAAGAAGGCCAACUAA